AUGUCCGAUCAGGCACCCCCACCACUCCCUGUGGAACGAGCGAAGAAGGAGAAUCUCAACUAUGAGGGCCGCGUGCGCGCCGAGAAGCACAAAGAUGAGCUUGUCAUGAACUAUACCGCCUACCUCGCAGCUCACCCGGAGAUCACCCCUCUCCUACAGGACAUUGUGCAGCACGUGCUGGUGCUGAAACCAGCGCGUCCACUGGAGGCCAUGCGUGCAUUUGUGCAGAUGCGCUCCUCGAGCUCCGUGUAG